AACACAUAAUUCGACUCGAGAAGAGGAGAUGCAUUCGUCAGAUCCAGGAGUCCCAUCUUUUAACUUGCAUCCCGAAAUUUUUUAUCACAAUAACGGUGAAAAUGAUAUUCAUAAUGCUAAUCAAAACCACGAAGACAAUCCUGUAAACAUAUCACAAGAAUCACGACCAUCUUUGGGAUCAAGCCAGUUCUUACAAUCUUCCGAAGAAACUAUUAUUUUGUCUCAACAAAGUACUGGCUCACAUUAUAAACUCAUAGGUCGAAACUAUGAAUCGAGACAAAUUAGAGGACAGAUUAAUGUGAUGACUGAAAGAGUAGUCUCAGUAUUAGAUAAUUUCAUACAGAAACUCUGUGCAUUUAAUAAGCGCUGUAGCCGAAGCCUGAAUUAUAAUACUGAUGAUUUAAUUUUAAAUAAAUCUUCCUACAAUAGAUAUCGAACUAUUAUUCGCAAAGAAAAAGCGGAAAAGAUUAAAAAGUUAUAUGGCAAUACAGAAAUAAAUGCUGCAGUUCUUCAUUGGGACGGAAAAAUUAUUCCAGAUUCGAUAAUUGGUAAAAAUAUUGACAGAUUACCAAUUGUUGUGACUAAUGGUAAAAGUGAGAAAAUUAUAGAUGUACCAGCAUUACCAGACGGUAAAGGUGUAACGCAAGCCGACGCAAUUUACAGGGCUCUAAAUGAUUGGGGUUUAAAAGAAUCAAUUAAAGCGUUAUGUUGUGAUACAAAUAAUUCUAAUUUAGGUUACCGUAAUGGCGCAGCAGUUAUUUUAGAGCAAUAUUUAGACCAUGAUCUACUUUACUUACCUUGUCGUCACCACAUAUACGAAAUUAUUUUAGCUGGUGUAUUUGCUGAAAAACUACCUGGUACAAACGGACCAAACGUACCAUUAUUCAAAAGAUUUCACGAUAGUUGGAACAAUAUUGAUCAAAGUCAAUACGAAAGUGGACUACAUGAUAUCAAUCACCCACAAUUACUUGAACAAAUCGCUCACAUAAAGCUUUUAUACAAAAAUCGUUAAACUCUCAAUGGCCUCGUGAUGAUUAUAAGGAGCUUCUUGAAUUAAGUCAAAUUUUUCUGGAAUGUGUACCACGUAAUAAGGUGAAAUUUAGAAAACCUGGAGCAUUUCAUCAUGCACAUUGGAUCGUCAAAGCCAUUUAUACACUCAAAAUUUACAUGUUUCGCGGAUCGUAUUCUUUGACACCUAAAGAAAGAAAAGGUCUUUUUGUCAUAUGCCUUUUUGUGAUUUUUGUAUACAUUCAAGCAUGGUUCAUUGCUCCUAUUGCUCUCAAAGCACCAAAUCAAGAUCUACAAUUUAUUAAAAACAUUUACAAAUAUAAAAGUGUUGACUAUAAAAUAGCUGAGGUAGGUUUACAUAAAAUUCAAAAUCACUUAUGGUAUUUGAGCCCCGAGGCGAGCGCUCUUUCUUUCUUUGAUGAGGAAGUUUCAGCAGAGGUAAAAAAAAAGAUGGUUGCAGCUUUAAGGAAAAACGUUGAUUCAAGCAUCGAUGCGCCCAAACGGUUUUUCCUUAAUAAUGCAAAGGAUAUAGAGAUUUUAAUGUCGAAAGUUGGUCGAAAAAUGAACAUUUCCAGCAGGGAUUAUUGAUAGUUCAACAUCUACAAGUCGUAAACGAUACAGCUGAAAGAGCUGUUCAUUUGGUGGAAGAAUAUUUAAAUGUACUUACUAAGAAAGAAGAUCAAAGAAAGUACUUAUUACAAGUUGUCAGUGAAUAUAAGAAAACUUUUCCAAAUGCUAAUAAACAGAUUUUAACAAAAAAGCUUAAAAUUUACCAAAAACAAAAUUAUUACUAUUUUUCACAAUUUGAUGAAAAAUAUUAACUUUGUACUAUUGUAAUACUUAUAUAUAUAUAAAGUAAUGAAAUAAAAGUAUCAUUUUUAAAUGUUGAAUAUACUAUUUCAAAUAUUCUAUCCAUGUCACAAUCUUCUAAAAUAACAUUGUAAAAAGUAUAAUACAAAACCGCUGCUAAUUCCUUGACAGGUAGCUUCCUUCAUCCUUAUGUAUUACUCCAAAACAAACAUUGUUGUACCCAUAAACCAUUGUAUAAAGUUAUCGUACAGUUCAUCGAUAGAUAGGAUUUGAUAGGA